CCGCAACUGCAUCGUCAUCGCAUCCAUCCCAGUGCCAACCAUGCUUCCCGGUCAGGUUUCCAUUCGAGUGAUUGUGGCUUUUUGAAUUCCUUGUCCUCUAUGGGCUCCUUAUACUGAGCCAUGGCGCUUUCCCUACAUCGUACACCUGUUUUAUGCUGCCGCUGUGCCCGCUUGGCAUCGAGGGCAUUGAGGGCGCAGCCAUACAGGGGCGCUGCGCGUUUGUCAUCCCAAACAGGCACCGGCUCGCCUAGCGCAACCAGCAAGAAUCCAUCUCAUAAGAAGCAGACCGAUGCGGAGGGUCGUAUCUCGCCCGGGGAGGCGGAGGAUGAGCUCGUCGGCCCAAUGGCGCGGAGGCUUGCCGAGGCAACGGAGGAAGCGCUCUUGACUGGCGGGGCUGCAGGCCGACGCGCGGUGGAGGAAGCGGGCUUCUCGGAGGAGCUCAAAGAGAGGCUCCUGGACAAGGUCGCCGAUGCCAAGUUCCGCAAACAGUACUCGGGCGCGUUCGCCGAGGCGGGCCUCGGGGCCACCGCCGGCGCCGGGGAGGGCGUCAAGCACAUCGCCGCUGCGCAGCCUUGGACAGGCACGGAGUCGACCGAGGACGCGGUCCUCAGGAUGCUCGACGACGCCCGGAAGCCGCUGAAGCCCCAAGACCGAGGCAAGUACCAGCCGCCGCCCGUCGACAUGCGCCUCAAGCGCGGACCUGUCCAGAGCCCCGGCCAGCGCGCCGCCAGCGCUCGGGAUAGAGCCUCCGUGUACGCGGGGCUAGGCAUGAAGGGUUCCAAGGGGCUGAGCGACGAGGAGCGAGAGGAGAUGAAGCGCGAGUUCAAAGAGAGGUUCCAGCCUGGCGCGCGGUCCAUGCCAGUCUCCCCGUCCGGGCUGGCUGCCUUGGCGAAUGAGCGCAUCGAGAAUGCCAUCUCCAGGGGCCAGUUCAAAGACCUUCCGCGUGGCAAGAGCAUGGAGCGGGAUCCUCGCGCGGAUAAUCCCUUCAUCGACACCACAGAGUACAUCAUGAACAGGAUGAUACAGCGCCAAGACAUCGUCCCGCCCUGGAUCGAGAAGCAACAAGAGCUUUCCAAGGCGGCAAGGGUUUUCCGCGAGCGGCUUCGGAACGACUGGAAACGUCAUGCCGCACGGAUGAUUGCCUCUCACGGGGGCUCUCUGGAGCAUCAGAUGAAGAGGGCGCAAGACCACGCCGCGGCGGAGCAAUUGCACAACCCGCGGCAGAGAGGGGCCGAGCAACUUGCCGUGCCCUCAAAUUCGACAGACCACCCUGUCAUGGCGAAACUGCGAGAAAGGGCCCCAGUGAUAGGCGAGGAGCCGCAAGCUGCGGAAGUUCAGGCCCUGCGCGACGAGCCGUUGCCACCACCCUUUCGCGAUUCUGAUUGGGAGCGGGCCGAGGCUGGGUACAUGAAGUUGUCCAUUGAGAACUUGAACAGUAUUGCGAGGAGCUACAAUCUGAUGGCACCUGACCUGGCCAAAAAGCCAUACUUUUCCUUGCAACGCGAGCUUGCUGCGUGUUACGCAGAUGUAGCUCCACUGCUUGCCGAGGAAAUCAAGCAGAGGGCGGUAGGGAGGUCGACGCCGGCAACAACGAGGAUGGCGUCAACUGGUGGCGGCGGCCUCAUGGGCCAGCUGGCGGGGAAAGACGCGGUCAAGGUCCAUCUCGAGGCGGACGAGAAGGCGUACGGCUUGAAAGAGUGGUGGCAGGAUUUUUGGAGGAAGUGAUAGGCAAGCAAGUAUCCCGGGGCUGCUGGAGGGAGGCAUGUGCAAACCAAUCAAUGGCCAAUGGUCAAUAAGCGAAGAGUCGCAAUCCGAUGUCGCGGCAUCUCUUUACCGGUGGUGCUCGACUAUCCGCGGCUAAUGGGUGUAAUCGAAGUCCGAAUACGCCAGAUCUAGAGCGCACCCCUCAAGCCUGGGUGUCACCAUCUUGACUGCAGCUGGAGGCACUAGGCAAGGCUGCAGGCUACCCUGUUCUUAGCUUUUGAGGUCUGGAACCUGGUCGCAACCCGCGUGCAGGGAGUAUAAGCUGGCUUUCCCCCAGACUUGCCACGUUGGACGGCGCCGCUGAGGUUGACCCGACGCAGUCUGCAGAGUCUGGACCAACUCGGCAGUCGCCAGUUUGCUCACGGCCAGGCUCGGUCGUUCCAAGCUCGCCGACCAGGGGUGGGCAGCCUCGAUUCCUCAUAACGGCAAACGACGGCGACGGCGUGGCUUGGGGGCUGGCCUCGGACUGGUUAGCCCCGGCGGGCGUCCAGGCGAAACAGUUCCUUUUUGGGGCAGAGAAGCAAUUGGGUUUUCUGUUGUGCCCAGAGCAUGACGCCGCGGCACCCCAGAUUCAGGACAUUGUGUCACGGGGGACACGAUCCUUUCAUGCGGGUUGGAUCCGGGGUAGGGGAGCUGUGGCAGCUGGGGAAAAUCCACGAUGCUACCGAAAUUCCGGGGUAGAAUUGAGACUGGCUGCUCUCCACAUGGGGAGCGAUGGCGAGACGCGGCGGGCCGACUGACGAUGGGUUUGGGCUCGUGGGCACGCGGGGAGGUGAGCACAUGGCGUUCAAUCGCGGCUAUUGCGACGUAACUGGAGAUGGACCAUGAGUCAGACCCAGGUAGUUGUUGCAAAAGCCUGAGAAGAAGUCUGGCUGCGAUGGCUGAGGGAGGAAGCAGGUGGUGGUAUGUA